CUGGUAGGCAACGCCAACACUCAAGCCAUAAUCUCCAGCCUACACCUCCACUCGCCCUUCCUUACGUUCUUUCAUACCUACAAAUCCUUGAUACCCCGAUAUUGUCGCCAUGGUUGCCGACACCGCCUACUACGACGCCUUGCAGGUGCCGCCGACGGCGUCCGAGCUCGAGAUUAAGAAGGCAUAUCGCAAACUUGCGAUCAAGCUGCACCCGGACAAGAAUCCUGGCGAUGAGACCGCGCACGAGAAGUUCCAAGCCAUCGGCGAAGCAUACCAAGUCCUCAGCGACACCGAGUUGAGAAAGCAAUAUGACCAGUUUGGCAAGGAAGGCGCGGUGCCUAACGCCGGCUUCGAGGAUCCGGCUGAGUUCUUCAACAUGAUCUUUGGUGGUGAAGCUUUCGUGGACUGGAUUGGCGAGAUCUCUCUUAUGAAGGACCUCACUCACACCAUGGACAUCACCAUGAAGGAGAUGGAGGCGGAAGAGGCUGCGGCUGCAGAGGCUGGCGAAAAGCCCGCUGGCGAAAAGUCCACUGACGAACAAGCUGCCGAAGCCUCUGCCACCACCACCACCACCGAAGAUGCCGCAGCACCUGGUGUCACUGCCGAGCACCCCGCCGCAGAACAUCCCACUCCCUCUGCUACCGCUAGCGAUGUCCCCUCCCCUCCGGCCUCGGGCACUAGCACGCCCCGUCCCAGCGGAAUCCCUACUCGUCUCGCCAUCAUGGACAAGUCCGAGGAGGACGCCAGGUUGGAUGCUGCUGGUGUGUCGGAGAAAGAGAAGGAGCUGCGUGCGAAGGAGAAGAAGAAGGGUGGCCUUACUAAGGAACAGCGCGAAGAGCUGCAGCAGUACGAAAUGGAGCGCAAGAAGGUGCGCGAGGAGCGCGUUAACACUCUUGCCAAGAAGCUCACCGACCGGAUAUCCGUUUGGACUGAAACCGAUCACGGCCCCGAUGUCACGAAGUCUUUCAAGGAACAAAUGCGCUUAGAGGUCGAGAACCUCAGGAUGGAAUCUUUCGGCUUGGAGAUACUGCACGCCAUUGGCAACACUUACAACAGCAAGGCUGGCAACUUCCUCAAGAGUCAAAAAUUCCUUGGCAUUGGCGGCUUCUUCGGUCGUCUGAAGGACAAGGGCCAGCUUGCCAAGGACACCUGGGGUACGAUAUCCACUGCCAUUGACGCGCAGAUGAGCAUGGAGGCGAUGAGCAAGGCAGAGGAGGAAGGCGGUGAGGACUGGACGGACGAAAAGAAGGCUGAGUAUGAGCGGCUGGUCACCGGCAAGAUUUUGGCCGCUGCCUGGCGCGGCAGCAAGUUCGAAAUCCAGAGCGUGCUGAGAGACGUUUGUGAUAAGGUGCUCAACGACAAGAGCAUCAAGCUGGAGAAGCGGGUGGAGCGUGCCCAAGCAAUGGUUAUCAUUGGCGAUAUGUUCUCGAAGGCUGAGCGCGAUCCUGAAGAGGAAGAAGGUGACUUCGUGGCUUUCGAGCGGCUGAUGGCUGAGGCUGCGGUUAAGAAGGACACCAAGAGCGAGAAGAGAAAGUCGAAAUCCAAGCACAGCCACUCGCGUUCUUCGGAGAAGGAGAAGGAGAAGGAGGAGGCACAGCGGAAGAGCAGUGCUGACGGCCCGACUGUCACUGCCUAAAUGCAAGUCAAUGCGACGGGCGCAGAAGCCAGAUUUGUCACUGUUGUUCCAGGGUGCCAGAUUCCAAAAGGCCGUUUUGCCAAUCAGGAUCACCAUAGCGCUUUCAGAUACCAGGCGCAAAUUUCUUCGAAAGCGUAGAGUCGGAGGAGCAACCCCAGGGCCCAACGCGCAUUGAAGGAUACAAGGGAAGACGAGUCGAAUAGAGCAUGUAAUUUGGGUUUGCGUUUGCGGUUGCUGCGGCGGCGAGAGGUCGUUGGUUCAUCGCACAUAGACGGUGGAUGCUGGGUUGAUUCACAUGAGAUUCGGCGUAGGCUUGCUAAUUCCCGUCUUCUCUUCUCUUCUCUUCCCCCCUCCACUUCUCUUCCUCAUGUGCAGGUUUCUGAGUAAUCGAGGUAUAUAUAUAGCCAUAGAGUGGGAGUGGCUUUAUUUAAGUAUCGAACGCUUGGGAGAGGUGUGUUUGCAUUUGAGUGAAAGUUAAGUGUUGGAUGAG